AUGUCUCCAAACGUAGCUAUUAACGAACUUUGGAAGUCAACAAGUAACAGCAAAAAUAUCCAGUACGACAUCUAUCACUCGACUAAGCGAGUUCUUAAGGAUUUUCGCUCUGGACAAGAGCAUAGACUGCGUAACCAUGUCAAGGAUCCUCUUCACCAAUAUUACAAAGUUCUCUCUUUCCCAACUGACGAAACUUUGGUCUACAAUUCAAUCAAACCUGCCGAAAAAUAUAUUCAACUUUACUGUACGAUAUAUUAA